GGAGGGUGUAAAGAAACAAAGGAAGAAGUGAUCACCGACCCAAUCCCAAGUUUUAAAAGUAUGCCUUCAGUGCCGACUCAAAUCAAGACAGGGAUGGCGCCUGCCUCACAGAGAGAGGAAUAGUGUUCCAGAGUUUGGGGAUGGAAAACAAGACAGCCCUCUCCUCACGUGAUUUGUAAUGCAUUCUGGGAGUGGACAUUAGCAGGUGAUCGGCUGACCUUAAUGAGCGCGAGGGCACAUAGGGGGUGAUCAAGUCAGAGGAGCUUCAUCCUUCAGAGCUUUGUGGACAGGGAGCCAGAGAAGGUCUGCCAGGAUGGGUGUAACAUCUGUCUGUGUUAGUCAGAAACCAGGCUGCAGCAUUUUGCACUUUCUGCAUUAAAGCAUUGACAUGAAUGAGGAACGAAUUUCCAUAGUCCUGAGGUUGAGGUGACAAAAGCAUGUACAACAGACUCCAAGUGUGGUCCCUUAGGCAAGCAACGCAGGUGUAAGAAACAUGAUUUAACUGUGGCAUUGAUCUGAGGGGCCAUUGAUGGGUCUGAGUCGAGUUUGACCCCCAGACUGGUUAUACAGGGUUUAAGAGGUAAGGAGGAGAAAAUGGAAUAGCAGAUAAGUGAGAAUUAUGUUUAUGUAUUUAACAGACGCUUUUGUCCAAAGCGACUUACAAGUGAUAAUCGGCAUGUGGCCCUUGAGGCUAACAACAACAAUAACAACAACAACAAACGAUUUCCAGUCAGUUGUAGGUGGCAAAGAGGCAGCAUGAUGAAUCAUGGAGAGGAGGGAACAAGGAGUGGACAGUAGAGAGGGGGACGGGUGCAGGGAGAGUGCUAGUUUACGAUGCAUGAGAAGAGUGGAUUGUCCUGAGCGUGGUGUAGGCACUGCUAGCCGACGAUCCUGUGAUGACCGGUGCGGCCGGGCCGAGACGUAAGCCUUUGCAAGCAGAUUAGAUGGGAGCCAUUCCAUCUCGGACUUUGUAUGCUAGUGUUAGCCAUUUGAAUUUGAAAAUAACUGCGUUAGUCUUGCCCUCAUUCAGCUGCAGAAGACAGUCCCUGAGCAGAUGAGUGGCUCUAGAUUGGUCUAAAGCCAGAUAAAUUUGACAGUCGUCAGCGUACAGGUAGUAAUUUAUGCCAUGCCUAGCCAAGAUUGUGCCCAGGGAGGAGAAUAUAGAUGGAGAAGAGUAGAGGACCCAAUACAAGCCCUGAGGCAUUCCCCAUGGGAGUGGCACAGAGGAAGAGUAAAGCCUGAUUUAUGCUUCUCCGUCUGCGUCAGUGCAGAGACAUGCAACGCCAUUAUCCGUCCUUGCGUAGGGCUCCGGCAGGCACGCAAGUACGUACGGAGUCGAGCCCACUUUUUUAAACAUCCGUCGAACGAGACGGAUUACGCAAGCUUGUGAUUGGUCAGGACGCCGCUGUUGUUUACAGCGCCGCCAUUGCAAAGAGGGCCGAGUUUAACUAGCGGCAGACACGGAGAAGCUUGAAGAAUACCUCGUGAAAAAACUCUAAAAAUAUGAAUGUUUCAUCCUCCCGUGACUGGAGGAGUGAAAAGAUGCACAGCAAGCGUUUUAUUUGUGGACGGAAAUGACAGGAAACGUGGGUUUAGAGGUGGGGAGCGCAUGAAGCGGUGGGAGAAUGAGAGACAAAUAUGUCCGUGUUAAAAGUCUCUUAUAUACACAAAAAACACAAUAUAAACACACGAUCUUGGACCGAUACAUGACAGGAUACCACAGAACAGUGCUACGCCCUCUGUUGUCCUGCCGGGCAAUUGCUUUGCAACACUCUCCAGGAGACGGAGAAGUAUGAGAGCAAAAUGCUUCCGUCAAUCCGUGCGUGCCUGUCCCUUGCGGAGCUGACGGAGAAGCAUAAACCAGGCUUAACAGUCGCUGAUGUGAACGCUGAACUUCUGUCAGCCAACUAAGCGUUUGUUGAGUGAUUUUGUUGCAGUAGGGUGGCAUUUAGCAUUUGUUGUUUUUCUGUAUCUGUUCACUUCUUUUGGCUUAAUAGCUGUUUGGUGGGAUGUAGUUCCUUCCACACCAUGGAUCCAACAAUCAUUAGGUUUACUGAGUUGGAGACUUUUGCUGUUGUCUGACAUGGAGACAGAUCAUUCAGAUGAGAUAAGUGGUGGAGGGAAAACCACCAGCAGGAAUAACUGAAGACCACCUUAGAUUAAAGAGCAAGUCACCCCCAAAUCAACGAUUUUCCCCUGAUAAACUAAAUAAACGAGUGUCUAAUCGUGCUGCAGACACGUGUAGUCAAUAGUUUAGCACUUUAGUGCAGUUUAGUUAAAAUUUUAAUUUUCUGCCUAAAACUGUCAGUGUUGUGCCGUUGUCAGGUAAAAACUCUGCACUGUAUUUGAAUUUAAGUCUGCCACCGCUAUUGGCUAAGAGGUAUGCUAUGAUGUAAACUGGUACAUUAUGAUGUCACAAUGCUGUGGUGAGCCUGUGUGUGUGUAUUUGUUAGCAGCUCCGCCCUCUCGGUCUGCCAGGCAACAGCAUUUGUUGCAUUUUUUAAACAUGAAGUGGGAGUGGAGUUAGACUCUGGUAGGGGGUGACUUGCUCUUUAAGAUUAGAUUUUUCUAGAAUCAGGUGACUUGUUUGUAUGACUAGUCUGACAGGGAGUGAAACUGGUUUGACCUGUACUUGUUUAUAGUAGACUAGUGCUUCCCUCCCUGGAGUGUUUUUGUAUCGUUGGUGCACCGCAUGGAUUAUAAAGAGAAAGAAGUUCUGAGAGCCCAGAAGUAACUGAUUUAUUCACAUGGAUCCCCAGCAAGGAACUCAGGGACUCUCUGGUGGAUAUGUACAGAGCUAAUCCCAGCGUGAACGUGGAGCUCCGACAGCGUCUGCCUGUACCUUACUUACAGGACCUCAGUGCUGCCGACAGAAUAGGAACCAGUCUGAGACCAGACACACACUUAGCUCAAGCUCAUCAGCACUUUCAGGAGACUCCAGUCUCUUUCUCUCCAUCUCCUGUCUCCCAUUUGAGGUCCUCGACUCCCGAGUCUCCUUUACCCAACAGGAGCCCUGUGACACAGUUGUCAGGGGACAUGGAGGCAGAUCUUCUCCUUAGCAGGGCUGGCUCUCCUUGGCCAGAGAGCAGCAGGGAUGAAGGUGUAGACUCCAGAGGUGGAAGUAGUCCCAUCCUGAGAAGACACCUUGUCACUGCUGCUGACAGUUCUCAUCAGAGCUCCUCGCCGGCUCGACUGCAGAGUUUUGAUCGAGACAAAAACAUCUCGUUUUUACUGAAGGAGCUGGAUGCUUUGAGAGAACUCAACAACAAACUUCAGGAGGAGCUGGUUCAGAAGGAGAAGAAGCUGCAGGAAAAGGAGGUCAAUGAGGAGCUGAAGGAGGAGCAGAGGGAGGCUCAGCGCUGGGAGAGACCUACAUUGAUGUUGGAGGAGGUGCUGGCAGCUCAAAAGAACAGAGAUCAGGCUCUGAUGUCACGACUCCUGCUGGCCAAUCAGGAGAGAGACGAGGCUUUGCUUCACGCCCGCCAACUGCAGCAAACGGCCCAGGUGGAGAACAUCUGCCUGCAGGACUCUGAUGUGAACAUUUACAAACUUCUCCAGAAUGUCUGUGAAGCCGAUUCCGUUCUAGAGGUCCAACAGUUUGGAUCUGUUCUCAUCCAGCAUCUACGGUUGGCACGGCAACGAAGAGAUGACAUCACAGCUCAGGAGAUGAAGGCUGUGAUGGAGGACAGAGACAAGUCUGUUGUUGAGUGUAAGAGAAUGGAGGAGGACCUGCUGCAGCAGAGAGACCAAUGGGCGAGUCAGGAGGAGCUGCUGAUGCUGCGGAGGGAGAGAGAUGCAGCUCUGGAGGACAAACGACAGCUGGAGGCUGAGCUGCAGGCGCUUCAGGUCCAUCACAGCUCCCAGAGCUUUGCUGCAUCCUUCCAGUCCCUGCUGCCUUCUAAUCCUGAUUCUCCACUGGAGUGCUCUGCAUCUCAGAAGACUCCAAGCCUUCAGGUCCAGACUCUCCUGGUCCAGCUGCAGCAGGUUUCCAGGGAGAAGCAGAGCAUUGAGGAGAAACUUCAACGCAAACAAGAGGCGGAGCAAGAAGCCAGCGAGAAAGUCCGCAGGUUGGAGCGUCUGGUGGAGGUGCUGAGGAAGAAAGUUGGAACAGGAAGCCUUCGUGUUGUCAUCUGAUCCAUCAGUCCUGUUUUUCUGAAUGAAAUUGUUUUUUGAUAUUUUUCUUUAAAAAAAUAUCUGCAACUUUUGCUAAAUGUGUCAUAAAUGUAAUGAAAUUCUGUAACUGUCCUGAUGAACCUGUUAGAAUAAAAGGUUUUUAACUUGCAA